GACUGUUAGGCCGAUAUCGCCAUUUUAUAUUGUCGUUUUUGAGUGAAGUAAAUGAGCGAGAGUCGAAGAUAGUGUGCGUGUUGUGUGUGGAUCGUGUCAAAUUUACGUGUCGUUGAUGUUAUAGUAUAGAAUAAUAGCGGACCCAAAACUAAUUUAGAAAUGAAGUAUUUAGUGUUGUGUUCUGCCUUCUAUUUUCUAUUUCACGUUGACUCCUCCGUGGCGACAAAUCCGGGGAAGAUAGAAAUUGAAUACAAAAAAUCUUUCUCAAUAUCCUGUAAUGUAUCAGCCAAUGAUCCUAAAGAUGUGCAAGUAACAUGGUUGAAAGAGGAUAAGAAAAUUUCGGAGUACACAUCUUUGAACAGCAGGGCGACGAUGGAGUCACCGUCAUCAUCUAACGGCAAUUUCGUACUAAAAAUUAACAACGCCGAAGAGAGUGACGUAGGAAACUAUACGUGCGAGGCGUUAGUCGACGGCAAAACCAUGAAAUCCCACUACAAAGUAGCCAGCAAAGUGUACGUGAGGGUACCACAAAACAUCAACGUUGUUGAAGGUGAAAAACUGCGGAUACGCUGCGAAGUUGCAGGAAAGCCACAUCCAUCACUCAAAUGGUAUUUCUUAGGUGAAAACGAUCCAGAAACAAAUAAAACAGAAAUUCCUGAUGAUGAAAGAACGGAAAUCGGUAAGGAAGAAGACGGAAAUAUUGAAAAUGCUAUUUUGACCAUCAGUAACAUCACCUUGAAAGACAGAGGGUAUUACAUCUGUGUGGGCACAUCAAAUAUUGGUGAAAUUGUUGAAUCCAAAUGCAUGGUUAGAAUUAAAGAUAAAUAUGCAGCCCUUUGGCCUUUCCUGGGAAUUGUAGCUGAGGUCGUUAUUUUGUGUGCAAUUAUCUUCAUCUAUGAAAAGAAACAUAACAAAUCAGAACUUGACGAAAGUGAUACGGACCAAAGUCCUGAUCAAUUAUGUAAAUAAUUUUUUUUAGAAAAACAACACCAGAUCACGGAAGAGGGGGUUCCACUGUCAGACACAGGCAAUGAAAAUUGUUGAAAAGUAAUACAAACAAAACAAAAAAUUAUAAAUAAAAAUGUAAAGAUUUAGGAGAUACCGUUGCAGUUUCGUCAUCUAGUGAACCGAAGAGCUGUCAAGUCACAGUGUUGUUGUUAUAACGCCUUCCCUUUUAGACUUGUUCAACGUUAGAUUGCGGCCUUUUUGGAAUAAUUAAUCCAACGUUCGCAACACUUUUCUGUUCCACAUACAUACACGGGCAUUUUAUUUUUUUAUACAAACAAAUGUACUUACUUAACUUAAAUUUAUUAUUAUGUACACAUAAAAGGGCCGCAAUUUAGUGACGAACUGUCAUCCAAACUUGUAAAUAAUUAAAUUAAGAUAUGUAUACACUCCUGUUUAUAAAUGUAUUGUUAUAAAUUGUGUUUACACAUUUGGA